UGACCUCAACAAGGGGUACACCCACACAGUCCCCACAUGAUUCAUGACACAUUUACACGCUGCAAACCAAAAACAACGUUAGAUUUAGCAAUUAUCAAGGAGAAAGCCACACGAGCAAGAUUAUAGAUAUAAUAGUAAUAAUCUCCUUUCUAUCUUCAUUCCUCCAUCAUUCAUGAUUUCAAGAAAACUAUCCAUAUUACCCCAUCAAUAUCAAAUCUACAACUUUUUCUCUUGUAAUAAUCGAUUCUAAGAGAAAAAUACAAACACCCUUUUCUUGUUUCUCCCUUGACCCUUUGUUAUUUAGUUUGUUUUGAAUUGUGGGUGUUUUUAGCUUGUUUUUAGUGUUUUCUUGAAACCCCAUCAAUAUCAAAUCUACAAUUUUUUCUUCAUUCUAAAAGAAAAUACAAACACCCUUUUGCACCCUUUUCUUGUUUUUCCCUUUCCCUUUUGUUGUUUUUCUAGUGUUUGUGGAAACCCCAGGUCGAGAAAGAAACAAAGGAAUGGCACAAAAUAACGAGCAGCAGGUACAGGGGCAGGGAUUAAUAGAGGCAGGGGUUCUUGAUGAUAUAAUAAACAGAUUAUUGGAGUUUAGGAAUGCAAGAACAGUGAGGCAGGUUCAGCUUUCAGAAGCUGAGAUCCGUUCACUUUGUAGUGCUUCAAGGGAAAUCUUCCUUCAGCAGCCUAAUCUUCUUGAACUUGAAGCCCCCAUCAAGAUCUGUGGUGACAUUCAUGGCCAAUAUGGUGAUCUUUUGAGGCUUUUUGAAUACGGGGGUUUUCCUCCUGAGGCUAAUUAUUUGUUUUUAGGGGACUACGUCGACCGUGGCAAACAAAGUUUGGAAACAAUAUGCCUUCUACUUGCAUACAAAAUUAAAUAUCCUGAGAACUUCUUUCUCUUGAGAGGAAAUCAUGAAUGUGCUUCUAUUAAUCGAAUUUAUGGAUUCUAUGAUGAAUGUAAGCGCCGAUUCAACGUGAAGCUAUGGAAAUGCUUCACUGAAUGUUUCAAUUGUCUUCCCGUUGCUGCUCUCAUAGAUGAGAAAAUACUGUGCAUGCACGGUGGUCUUUCUCCAGACCUAACAAACUUAGAUCAGAUAAGAAAUUUACCUCGUCCAACUGAUGUUCCAGAUUCUGGUUUGCUGUGUGAUUUACUUUGGUCAGAUCCUAGCCGAGAAGUUAAAGGUUGGGGAAUGAAUGAUAGGGGAGUUUCAUAUACUUUUGGUCCUGAUAAGGUCGCAGAAUUCUUGAUGCAACAUGAUAUGGACCUUGUUUGUCGUGCCCACCAGGUUGUUGAAGAUGGUUAUGAAUUUUUUGCGGAAAGGCAGCUAGUGACGAUAUUUUCGGCCCCAAACUACUGUGGUGAAUUUGAUAAUGCUGGUGCAAUGAUGAGUGUUGAUGAAAGUUUAAUGUGCUCGUUCCAGAUACUGAAGCCAACAGAUAGAAAGCCUCGGUUUUUAUGAGGCAAAAUCGAUAGCUUGUAGCUACACUCUCCCAGAGCACCCAAGAAAUUCUUAUGGUCGGCAACGAGCAGUUGAAGAUGCCGAUGACUUCUGGGAUGUACAUGAAUGGAGAGGGAUCAAGUAGUUGGUUAAAAGCCUUCUCAAUUGAGCAGAAAAUUUGAGGACCUAACUGUAGUUUUGAGGUGGCCUCGAGGCCACAUACUCUUUUUUUAUUUUUAUCUUUUUUAUUUUAUUUUAUUUUAUUUCAUGCAAUUUAUAAAGUAACCGUGUUUCGGUUUGUAAAUUGCCGGUGCAAAUAUGUAGAUUGCCAAAAAUUUGCUCUGUUGCAGCAACUUCCCUAAUUGAAUGGUAGUCUUAUGUGAGUCUAAUGGUUCUUGAUUAU